GGCUUCGAUGGAAGUUUUCAGAAGCACAAGUCCUUCAAGGUCCUGAAGGUAGAGCGCGUCGAGAGCGCGAGGAACUGGAAGAAGUACGCCAAGAACAGGUCCACAACGCCGACUGUCGAACACAUCAUGGACCAGCUGACGGGCAGCAUGAGGAGAAAGGCGGAGCGCGCGCAGAGCAUCAUCGAUGGCCAGCAGGCUGCCAUGCGCAAGACAGACACCUCACCGGCGUCUCGGUUCAUUGACUCCCUGCGCCUCGACAAGUCUCGGAACGAAGGGUCGUCGGAUUUCACGGCAGCCCCGGCAAGUUGGCCCGAGACCGCAACAGCACCCCCCCCUACGCCGGCGUGCAGUUCCAGGAGUCCGCGCCCGUGGACGCCAUCUGCUGCAGCGGCUUCGAUCAGCGCCUGGGCAGCUCGACGGGGAUGCUGGGCUCGGCUGGUAACCAUAUACCUUGCGGACAAGGUCUCGAAAGCGGACUGCUAUGCCGGCAAGUACGGGGAUGAAGGGGAGACCACGGUCGGCGAGACGGCCUGCAUCUUCAUCUCCCGCGUCACCUUGGGCUGUCCGUAUUUGGCCGAGCAUGCUUUGAAUGGCAUCCGGAGGCCGCCGAGUACGCAUGAGGAGUUUGACGUCCAACUCUUGUUCGACCAGACGCCCUUCUUCAGCUUCGCGGCCCGGGCUAACACCACCGUCAAGGAUUUCUGGAAGGACAAGCAGCGGGAUGGUUGGAGUGUAACCUCCUCCCACUAUGAACGAUUCAAUUCUGUGAUAUCGAGUAACUACAUAGACGGCACGUCACCUGCCCACUAUAAGCGUUAUCACGAGUACGCCGUUUACCAUGGAACAGAGGCUUACCCUGAGUUCAAGGUGACUUAUCCAUGUGCCUGCGGCAAGUUCCACCACCGUGCUAGCGCAAUCAUCGGUGCAUGUGGCGACCAUAUGUGCAUCGCGGAGCCCCGAAGUCGGUGA